AUGGCAAUGGGCUCGUUACUAAACGGUCUUGAAGUUGUUUCAGGCAGGCCAAUUCCCCUCGUAGUCUUGCUUUCCAUUAUCAGCCUUAUCCUUUGGAGCUCUAUUCUCAGCACCUCCUCGAAGAAAAAGUACUCACUGCCAAAUCUUGUCCCUGGUCUUCCGAUUAUUGGAAAUACCCACCAGCUACCUUCGCAAGACUUCUGUCUUCGUGUCGAACAGUUGGCGAAGAGUUAUGGCGGGAAGAUGUAA